GUGUUUACAUCCGCCUCUAAAAUACACGUGUGAGAAACAGGCAUUUCAACUCGUAUUAUCGCCAAAUUAUGUUUUAAACAAUCGAACUUUAAAAUCAGGUUUCGAUGUUAGGGGAAUUUGGCUUAGGCAUUGCCAAGUUUCCGUCCAUCCCAAACGUUUUCCAAUAUAAAACCGAAAGUUCUUGUGCUAUUUGAAGGUCUGACGAAGCUGACACUUAGCAUAAGUAAAAUGCAUGUUUGGCUGGCAGCAGUUGCAGUUCUUACUGUCUGCAUCGCAGAUAGUGAAGGGUUGAUGCCAGGCAGCAGGCUGAGAUGUAUUUGUUAUGGAAAGAAGUGGAACAACAUCAGGUUACACCAAAUAAAUACAGUGACCAUGCACCCAAAAAAUCAGUACUGCGACAAUAUUGAGAUUGUUGCUAUCUUAAAAAAUGGACAGAAAGUUUGCCUUAAUGAAAACUCAAAAAAGGUGAUGGAGAAAAUUGAAAAGUUUGGUCAAAAGAGCUUCCCUAAAAAACAGCACCUUCCCAAGAUGCGUGGAAAUAAACGCAAGAAUGGGCGCAAAAGAAACAAAGGAAGAAAAAACAAACAAUAAAUAGUGAAGAGGUGCUCUGACUCUUCAUAACUUGCAUGCGUUUGCUCAUAGUGCUUUGUUACAUUUUUAUUGUAUCAAUGUAAUCGAUUUAUAAUGCAGUACACUUUCAUGUAUUAGAAAUACUUGAUUUUGGUCGGGAUAAAAAGUUUUAAUCCAUGAUAAUUAUAACCUUAAAAUCAUAAACUUAAAUAGUACAGAAAGCCUUUGCUUUCUGCAGUGUGUUUGUAAUAUUAUAAUUUUUUAAUCUUAUGGUUAAAUUCACACACACUACUUUUAUAUAAUGAAUGUUUUCAAUUUAACCUACCUUUUAAAAAGUUGUUUAAAAUCACAAAAACUUUUAUGUAGGGCAAUUGCUAAGCAUUAAUAAAACAGGCAAAUAUAACUGGUCUGUCAUCAGUUUCUGGUCUUUUUUAUGUUGCUUAUUCUGCAUCUUUGGCGGUGUGUUGUCACAGCAAGGACUGGUGACCCUUCCCUGUGUAGGAACCAAAGGAUAAGACUGUAUGAGGUUUCACUGGAAGACCUUAUUCUACAUGGUAGUCAUAGUUGACUUCAGAGUAGGAUCACUAUGUCUUUGGCUUGACAAAUCUGGCUGGGAUGCUGAACCUAGAACCAGACACUGUCUGUGAUGAGCCUGCAUAUUCUGCCUAUAAUCACAGCCAUUUUCUGCAGAUAUAUUGGUAUCCUACUAUAUUGUAAAGACCUUAGUAUUUGGCAGAAUAGUAACACUAAAGUUUUGCCUUAAUGAGGAGUGUAGGUGUGUGCAUAAGAAUGCCAUCUAUGGAUGCUUCCUGUCUUGUACAAAAAUUCAGAGAAAACAGACUUUAGCUCGCUGAGAUACAUUAUUGGAUUAAGCAUGUGAAUAAAUAAAUAAAAAACAAGUAAAUAACAUACCUAAUGUACUGUAAAUGCAACAGCUGAAAUAACAUUAAGAUCUCUUAUAACAUUACAAGAUGUUCACACUUUUAUUUUUGGUUGAAUAGAUUUCUGUAGAGCACUACUAACAGGACUACCUAAAAAAGGCAUCAAUUGGUUACAGUUAGCUAGAACUGCAUCUGAUUGAGUGGAUACAAGAAUCUUAGCCGGGAAAAGAAAUUCUGAACUCAACUCACUGGUCUUAGCAUUGUUACAAUGGGUACUUGUGUCCUUUAGAAUUGAUUUUCAAAUACUAUUCAUGGUAUAUAAAGCUCUAUAUAAUCUUGCUCCUUCCUGUACAUUGGAGUGCUUAUCUACCUUUCAUUACCAGCUGUAUGCUUUGUUCUUCUAAUAGUGUUCUGCUUAUUAUUUCAAGAGUAUAAAAGACAUGGUAAGGCAGCCUAUUAUGCAUCAAAAUUCUGGAAUACUUCACCAAUACAGAUACACCAGACUAACACCGUGAAUCAUUUUAAAAUACUUCUAAAAACUCACUUUUUUAAUUUGUCACUCUUAUAGCAGUAUUUUAAUUCUACUUUUAAUAUAUAUAUAUAUAUAUGUAUGCAUAGCAAUAUCAUAUUCUUCAUGGAUUCAUGGAUUUGCAAUCAUUAAUAAUCUCUACUUUUCUCUGGUUUUUUUUU